ACGUCAUCGUCAGCUGCUGGAUGAGCACAUCUUUGUCAAGGCUGCGCUAGGUGACAAAUACAGGGAAGUCUUGACAACAAAGUUGUUAUUUUGUGUCGACUCCUUGCCUUCAAGUAUUUUAAUCAUUUGGCACAUUGCAAUGGGUAAUCGAUCAUCACUACUUCUUCGUGACGAAGAGAUUGCUCAAAUUCAGGAAGAAACAGGCUUUACACCCAAUCAGAUUGAAAGGUUGUACAGUCGAUUCACUAGUCUGGAUCGUGGAGAUUGUGGUACUUUAAGCAGGGAAGAUUUUCUUCGCAUCCCUGAACUUGCUAUAAAUCCCCUUGGAGAUCGAAUUGUGCAUGCGUUCUUUGAGGAUGGAGCAGACCGUGUAAACUUCAGACAGUUUAUGCAAGUUUUGGCACGUUUCCGCCCUAUCAAGAAGAACAAAGACAAUAAACUAAAUUCCCGAGAACAAAAGUUGCAAUUUGCAUUUAAAAUGUAUGACUUGGACAAUGAUGACAAGGUUUCAAGAGACGAGCUACUAGCAAUUCUACAUAUGAUGGUGGGAGCAAAUAUCAGUGAAGAGCAGCUUACCAGCAUUGCAGAGAGAACAAUUAUGGAGGCAGAUCAAAAUGGAGAUCAGAUGAUUUCAUUUGAAGAAUUUUGCAAAGCUUUGGAGAGAACAGAUGUGGAACAAAAAAUGUCUAUCCGUUUUCUUAACUAGGAUGUGUGACCGGGUUUUUAAUUGAAUUGAAACAAACAUUGUUACCAUUUGGCAUUUUGCCUUUUAUAUCCUCUAUGUGUAUUUUUCUUUUUUUGGGGUUUUAGAGAAAUGGGAUUAGUAGAUCACUAAACUCACAUAGCAGCUUUAGCACUUAUUAUGUGAUGCAACAUGUGAUAACAAGUGACUGGGUUUUGGGGAAGCAUCACAAUACUUUCUGUAGGAAACGUGCCAUAGAUUUAAUGUAGAUGCAGCAAAAUAGGAUACAUCCACAGUAUGUGACCUAUACUUUAUUUCUCUUUGUUUAUAAUCGAGAUUUGAUCAUACAUAGUCAAUGUUUGUACGAACAGUAUUUGUAGGAGGUGCCUCAGCUGGAAUAUAAUUUUAGCUGUCUGAGAAAUAAAACCUGUGAUUUCAUUGUGUCUAAAAUGCAGAUUUGUGGCAAGAGAUUAUGACAAUCUAUUUUGAUACCAGUUGCUUUGCAAUUAGAUUAAUAUUUUUACUUACCUUGUACAGAUUUUAAUGUCCUUUCAUUCAAGUAAUCUAUUGUCUUACUGCUGUUAUAGUUCCGUGCCCAAACUCAAUAUUUUUUACAAAUAAACAAAACUUUUAUUCAUGUGGAAGCAUCAUUAUAUUCAACUGUAACUCUUAAGCAAGCAGUUUCAUGUUAAAAAAAAUAUCACCAAAGAAAUCAUAAUAAUGUAAUUUAAGUCACAUUGAGUCAUAUCCUUGCAAUUUGUACAGAGAUGUCUCUAUUGCAUAGAGUGUCUUCUGUUUGUAAUGCUAAUGCUUAUAAGCAGGACUAUGCUGUAGUUAAAUGAGAAUGUGAACAAUUGACAGUCUUCAUUGGAGCUAGUUACCAGAUAUAUAAAAUGUAUAUGUAAUUUUAUGAGUCCACAUUAAACAGAUAAAGUAAAAA